AUGCUUUCCACUUCUCUGCUGUGGGCAACAGCACUGCUGCUUCCCCUCGCCUCUGCCCAGAACACCACCUCAGGCCCAGACAAGGAUGGCAAGUACUGGCUGUACGGCACAGGCAUCUCCGCCUCCUUCAUUCCCUACGGCGCGUCAAUCUCGAACCUGAUCAUCAAGGACCAGUACGGUAUCGACCGAGACAUCGUUGCUGGCUUUGACAAUGCUACUUACUACGGCAUUGACAAACAGCACCCCCAUUUUGGUGGUGUGCCCGGUCGUUAUGCCAACCGUAUCAAGAACAGCACCUUCGAGAUCGACGGCGUGGAGUACAAGGUCACCCCCAAUGAGAACCCUACACCAGAGGCGCCCGAGGGAGCAGACACGCUACACGGAGGUACUGAUGGCUGGGAUUGGCGCAACUUCACCGUCGAGUCCUACUCUGAGAACAGCAUCACGUUCAGCAUCUUUGACCCGGAUGGAAAGGAGGGCUUCCCGGGCGAUGUUCUGUCCUACAUCACCUACACUCUGGGAGAUAUGACCUGGGACUUUAAGAUGGUCGCAGUGUCGCUCACAAAGAAGACUCCCAUCAUGCUGAGCUCCCACACGUACUGGAACCUGGACGGCUUUGCGAACAACGAGACCAACACCGCGCUCAACCACACGCUCUACAUGCCAUACAGUGGCCAGCGCGUCGACGUGGACAACAUCCUCAUCCCAACUGGCGACAUCGUUGCAAACCAGCCCGGUUCCGUCAACGACUUCUGGAGCGGCCCGAAGCAGCUCGGCGCAAACCUUACCAGCCCGGAGCUUGUCAACAACUGCGGGUUCAACUGCACGGGAUACGACACCUGCUACCUCGUGAAUCGCGCGCAGAACGGCCCCUAUGACUGGCGCGCGGACGGCGGCUAUGUCGCUUCGCUUGCUUCCGCUUGGUCUGGUAUUCAGGUCGACGUCUACACCGACCAGGACGCCUUCCAAUUCUACAGCUGCAACGGGCAGAAUGGCUCCAUGGCCCUCAAGUCUACGCAGGGCAUCUUCGAUGACGCUGACUUCCCUCGCACCAUCCCCAAGUACGGCUGUUUGGUGAUGGAGGUGGAGGACUACAUAGAUGCCAUUAACCAGCCGGAGUGGCAGAGGGGCAAGAAGCAGAUCUUCGGUCCUGAGGACGAUCCUUACGUUCUGCAGGCGAGCUACAGGUUCAGUGUCAACUGA